GGUGCGGGCGGCAUGGCGGCCCUGCGGGGAGGUCGCUGGUUCCGCAGGGCCCGGGGGGCCUCGGCGUGGGGAGGCCAGAGGCGCGGCCUGGCAGGGCCCAGCGACUUCGAUCUCGUCGUCAUCGGCGGCGGGUCCGGGGGCCUCGCCUGUGCCAAGGAAGCCGCCGAGUUGGGGAAGAAGGUGGCCGUCUUGGACUACGUGGAGCCCUCUCCCAGAGGAACCAAGUGGGGUCUCGGCGGGACCUGCGUCAACGUGGGCUGCGUCCCCAAGAAACUGAUGCACCAGGCGGCCCUCCUGGGAGGGGCCAUCCGGGACGCCCGCUACUACGGCUGGAACGUGGUUGGCCCCGUCCGGCACGACUGGAGCAAAAUGGCCCAGGCCAUUCAAAAUUACGUCAAGUCCUUGAACUGGGGCCACAGAGUACAGCUUCAGGAUAGGAAAGUCAAGUACUUCAACAUGAAAGGCAGUUUUGUGGACGAGCACACCGUCCGUGGCUUGACGAAAGAUGGCGAAGAGACGCUGAUCACAGGGGAGCACGUCGUCAUCGCCACCGGAGGAAGGCCCCGCUACCCGGCUCACAUCCGAGGAGCGGUGGAGCACGGCAUCACCAGCGAUGACCUCUUCUGGCUGAAGGAGUCCCCAGGAAAAACGUUGGUGGUUGGCGCCAGCUAUGUUUCCUUGGAAUGUGCUGGAUUUCUCACGGGGAUUGGAUUGGAUACCACGGUAAUGAUCAGAAGUAUCCCGCUUCGAGGAUUUGACCAGCAAAUGUCUCUGCUGGUCAAGGAGUCCAUGGCGUCCCUCGGCACCCGGUUUCUGGAGCAGUGCACCCCCACCGACGUCGAGAAGCUGCCGGAUGCCCGCCUGCGGGUCACGUGGACCGACGGCCGCUCGGGCGGGCGAGGGACGGACGAUUUUGACACCGUGCUGUGGGCCGUAGGUCGGGCUCCCGAGACCAAGGCUCUGAACCUGCGGGAGGUGGGCGUGGAGCUGAACCCGAGCUCCCGGAAGAUCAUCGUCGACGCCGGGGAGACCACCUCGCUGCCCCACGUCUACGCCAUCGGGGACGUCGCCGAGGGUCGCCCCGAAUUGACCCCGACAGCCAUCGCGGCCGGGAGGCUCCUGGCCCGACGCUUGUUUGCCCGGAGCUCGGAGCUCAUGGACUACGACAACGUGCCCACUACGGUGUUCACCCCGCUAGAGUAUGGCUGCGUGGGGCUGUCCGAGGAACGGGCCGCGGAACGCUACGGAGAGGAGAAUAUCGAGGUGUUCCACGCCUAUUACAAACCUCUGGAGUUCACCGUGGCGGACAGGGAUGCCUCUCAGUGCUACGUAAAGAUGGUCUGCCUGCAGGAAAGGGACCUGAAGAUUGUCGGCCUCCACUUCGUUGGCCCACAUGCCGGUGAAGUGAUUCAAGGAUUUGCUCUCGGAAUAAAGUGCGGCGCGACCUACGCCCAGCUCAUGCAGACGGCCGGCAUCCACCCGACGUGUGCCGAGGAGGUGACCAAGCUUCGCAUCACCAAGCGCUCCGGGCUGGACGCCACGGUCACGGGCUGCUGAGGGUAAGCCCCCGGCCGCCCUCAGCCGAACGAGCAGAGAGCGCCCAGACUCCACCCGUCCGUCCGUCCGUCCGUCCGUCCCAGUAAGUCUCCCGGUGACCGGCCUCCCCAUCACCUAGCGCUCCGGGUCCGACGCCACGGUCACGGGCCACCUAGGUAAUCCCCCGGCCGAGCGAGCACCCAGCCUGCGGACUCCGCCCGUCCACCCCAGGAAGUGACCGGCCCCCCCAUCGCCGACCCGCUGCGGCCGAGCGAGCGGAGGGUACGCGGACGCCGUCAACCCGUCGGUCCGUCCGUCCGUCGAUUCCAGGAAGGCCCGGGUGAUCUCCCCCACGGCUCGAGCCCCCGGUUUGGGAGCGGUUGAGGCCCCCAGGCCCCCACCGCGGCAGGUCCAGAUCUCGAGGCGCCCCCUCCCGCGGUAGCACACCGUCGCCCCGCCGUCAGUCAGCCGUCCGCCGAGAACGGCCACUCUCCGACUGGAGUGGCACUCCCCUGUGGACGGGCAAGCCCGGGACCCAGAACGAGGCCGACCCCGGACCAUCCACGGGACAGUGGACGCCAGAGCUGGGGGCGGAGGGACGUGUCGGGAUCCCAGCCCCCGGUGGGAUGAGCCAGUCCGCUCCCCGGCAAGCUGACGGGGCCCGAGAGGCUCCCGGGGUUGGGGAGUGACGGUGCCCCACGCCCCACCGUGCCCUCGGUCCGAAGCCAGUGCGAUCCACCCCCACCUCUGAGGCCCUCGAGCAGCAUUGGAGGGGCUCGGUGGGGGCCCGGGGCAGCGGAGCCGAGACCGGCGGCCAUCGGCCGGCGAGGCGGAGUCGCCGUGGCCCGCAGCGGCCCUCGGGGUGGCCGGCCAGGAGGACCAGACGCUGGUUCUUUCCGUGCCGUCCAGAAGGGGGAGGUGCCGCCUCACGGGUGGAGGCCGGGAGAGGAGCCGGCCCGGGGCCCGGAGAGGUAGAGCCGGUCUGGCCACACCGGGGUCCGGGGGUUAUUGCUCAGUGGGGAGACCCGGAGGCCCCCGCUCAUUCCCGUGCCGUUCCGAACUCGCCCUGCGGUCGCGGCAAGGACUCCCGGAGCGGGGGCCUCCCCUCUCCGUCUUCGCGGAGAAAGCCCGAGUCCAGGGGGCAGUCUCCGUAGGUGGAAGUCGGGACGUGACCGGCGGAGAGGGGAAGGGGGUCUCGGCCCCCGGGGAUGUGCCUUCUGUGAGGCCCAGCAGAGCGACCUGGUGUAUUUUUCAGUCUUGUGAUGCUGAGGGUUCUCCCGGCUCCCCCGCCCCGAACCCGUGAUUGUGCGUGGGAAGGCGGAAGGGCCGUGAGGCGCGGACGGAAACGGCUGCUUCCUGCCCUCCUCACCUGGUGCCGAGGGCCGCCGUUAGCGCCCAGCCCGCCCGCGGGUCUCGGUGUCGCUUCUCCCGGCCGGGCGGCCUCCGAACCCGGGGCGCGUCGGUCACGGGUUGCCGCCUCUCUGUCCUCCAGGCCUGUGGUGGGGUGAUGUCGCCGAAGGGUGACUUCGCUGGGGGCUCCGUGGGGGUCCGGCCCAGGGGGUGGGUAGGGAGGCGUGACGUUCGCUUCCCUUCCGCUGCCCCCGCCCGAGCUGCCGCGGCCAGCGCGUGCCCAGGACCGCCCUGGAAGCGGCAGAAUCCACACCAGAGCGGCCCGGGAGCGGCGCCUCAAUCUUCUGCGUGUCGGGUGCCGACCAAACCCAGGACCGCGGCCCCCAGGCGUGCUAGAGCGGGAUAGGCGAGUGGCGCGGGACCCCCGAGACGGUCCUUCCCUCACCGACGGGCGGGCUGAUCGCGUGCGCUCCACGGGCCGGCCCGCCCCUUGCCCUCGGACCACCUGGGCCGGGCCGCGAGGCGCCCCCGGGCUCGGGCGGAACCAUCUUGCGACGCGUUGGCCGGAGCGAGAAGGCCCGGCCAGCUCCUUGAGAAUGCCAGUUAAUGACGCCUCGUCCGGAAACCCACCCGGUGGGCCGGGUGAGGCUGAACGAUCCUGGCAUCCGUGAGGUUGUUGGCUUCCAAUAAAGAAGAGCGUUAACAGAA